AUGUUAAUCAAAGAAUAUAGAAUACCGUUGCCACUCACUGUAGAGGAGUAUCGCAUAGCCCAAUUGUAUAUGAUAGCAAAGAAAAGCCGAGAAGAAAGUUCCGGUGAGGGUAGCGGAGUUGAGAUUAUUGUUAAUGAGCCAUAUGACAAUGGCCCUGGUGGAAAUGGUCAGUAUACUCAGAAAAUAUAUCAUGUUGGAAGCCACUUGCCUGGUUGGUUCAAAAGCCUACUUCCUAAAUCAGCCUUAACUGUGUCCGAAGAGGCAUGGAACGCUUAUCCCUAUACUAAAACAAGAUACACCUGUCCAUUUGUUGAAAAAUUUUCCCUUGAAAUUGAAACCUAUUACUUUGCUGACAAUGGUCAUCAGGAAAAUGUCUUUAAAUUAUCAGGAAGUGACUUAAAAAAUAGAGCUGUUGAUAUUAUCGAUGUAGUUAAGGAUCAGCUUUAUGGCGCGGAUUACGUGAAAGAAGAAGAUCCAAAGAUAUUUGUAUCUCAAAAAUGUAACAGAGGGCCAUUGUCGGAAACAUGGCUUGAAGAUUACUGGAGAGAGGUUCAAGGCAAAACACAGCCAUUACCGAAUGGCAAAUCACUUAUGUGUGCGUAUAAGUUAUGUAGGGUGGAAUUCCGUUAUUGGGGAAUGCAAACGAAAUUGGAAAAGUUUAUUCACGACGUGGCGCUUAGAAAAACGAUGCUCCGAGCUCAUCGGCAAGCAUGGGCCUGGCAAGACGAAUGGCACGGCUUGACUAUGGACGAUAUAAGAGAAAUUGAGAGACAAACACAGCUGGCUCUGCAAAAGAAAAUGGCGGGUGAUGUUGGUGAAGACACAGAUUUAUCUGAAGAGAAUUCAAAGUCUUUAGCUGCUACUAUGAGCAGUCUUGAAAAGAACGAGGAUACUGCGAGUCCAGUAUCGGUCAAGAAAGGCAUGGAAAAGAGAGUACAAAAGCAAUUAAGUCCUGAAAGUACUCCUCCAUCAGAGCCCAAAUCAUGUUCAAAGUCUAACCUUAGAUCAUCAUCUUCGGGGUCUUUAAAAAGCUUGCAAGUCCAAGUAGCCAGUUGGAGAAUGGAAACCCUUGUAAGAGAAUCAGAAACAGAGACUGGUUCUGAAGAUGAGUUUUAUGACUGCGAAUCUUCAUUUAACAAAUGGUCUUCAAUGUGUUCUUUAGAUGAAGGUGAUAUUGAUAUCUCGCCGACACAAGGUGAUCUAAAUCAAGAAGAUAGUAUAUUUAAUCCGACGUUCUUAAAACGAGUUACCUCAGAAAGAGGUUCACGUAGGUUGACAAGCUUGCAAAGUCACCAGAGCAUAGAUGGAUGUCCUGAAACUCCAGUUCAUAGUUCCUGUCCUACAACAGUUUUAAUACUUGUUUUUCACGCUGGUAGUGUACUUGAUGCAAAUGUUGACAUGACUGCAAAGAAAUCUGACGUCACUACAUUUAAAGGGGCUUUUGAAUCCGUUAUGCGUCAACACUAUCCUACUCUUGUGGGACACAUUACUAUAAAAUUAGUUUCGUGUCCGUCUCUCUGUACAGAGGCUCUUGGAGUAUUAUCUACUUUGAGUCCCUACAGCUUUGAUUGCUCUCCAUCUACCGUGGACAGUCCAUCUCUGACAAAUGAUCUCAUACCGAUAGGUGCUAUACCACUUAUAGCAACCUCUUCUCCAGAGUAUCAUGAGUAUGUAACUAAAACCAUCACAGCUGCUAAUGUUGUUUAUAAUGACUUUAUUAAAUCAGAUGAUGGAAAAGGUUUUAACGGUCAGGUCUGCAUCGUCGGUGAUAGUAUGGGCUCCAUAUUAGCAUACGACGCUUUGUGUCGAACAUUACAAUACCAGUCGCGACAUGAUAGUGAAAAUAGUAUAUUAGAUACUGAGAUAACCAUCCGUAACGAGCCCUCGGAACAUUACUUAAAUAAAUCUCAUCUUCAAGCUCCGACGCCAAGAAGACGAUCAUCCACAGCCAGCGAUAAUCAAACAAAGUUGGAAUUUGAAGUUAGUGACUUCUUUACUUUUGGGAGUCCGCUAUCACUUAUACUAGCUUCAAGAAAAAUAUCAGAUGACAAAUUUAAAGAUCUCACGAAGCCACCCGUUCAACAAAUAUACAACUUAUUUCACCCGACGGACCCUGUCGCGUCUAGAUUGGAACCAUUACUGUCAGCAAGAUUUAGUAAUCUAGCACCGAUUAAUGUAGCUAGAUAUGCUAAGUAUCCUCUGGGUAACGGUCAGCCAUACCAUUUGAUGGAGCUCAUACAUACUCAUCCGACGUUAUUCGGUGACCACCUACCAAUGCCACCUACUCCUGUUUUAAGACGACUCUCUGAAGCAUCAGUGCAAAGUACAGUUAGUGGAUUAGUGGACAAUAUACCAUUGAUCACAAUGAAUGCUCUCCAACAGAAAUGGUGGGGCACGAAACGAUUGGACUAUGCCCUUUAUUGCCCCGAAGGGUUAACGAACUUUCCUAUGAAUGCUUUGCCACAUCUAUUUCAUGCAAGCUACUGGGAAAGUUCGGAUGUUAUUGCUUUUAUAUUGAGACAAGUGGGUCAUUUUGAUUUGGCUCUGUACGGUCAACAAGAAGAUAAAGACUGUUCUCUGUUUAAACCAGGACAGGAUAAGGAAAAGUGGAUGAGAAAACGUACAUCGGUUAAAUUAAAAAAUGUCGCAGCCAACCAUAGAGCCAAUGACGUGAUUGUCGGCGAGGGCUGUCCGCAAACAUUCAUCGCUAGAUUUAUGUACGGGCCGUUAGAUAUGAUAACAUUGACUGGGGAGAAAGUAGAUAUACAUAUGAUAAGAGACCCCCCCGCUGGUGAAUGGACUUUAUUAUCGACAGUUGUUACUGACAAAACUGGAAGGAUUACCUACACACUGACUGAUAAGCAAAGCGUCGGAUGUGGUAUCUAUCCCGUCCGGGCAGUCGUACGUGGUGAUCACACUAGUUGCAACUUCCACCUCGCAGUGAUCCCUCCACAAACGGAAUGUGUAGUAUUUAGUAUUGACGGGUCAUUCACGGCGAGUGUCUCGGUCACUGGUCGUGACCCGAAGGUGAGGGCUGGUGCCGUGGAUGUGGUACGUUUCUGGCAGGAUCUCGGUUACCUCAUCUUGUAUAUAACAGGAAGACCUGAUAUGCAACAAAGGAAGGUCGUCUCCUGGUUAGCGGAACACAAUUUUCCUCACGGUUUAGUCUUCUUCUCGGACGGAUUCUCCACCGAUCCUUUGGGCCACAAAGCCGCUCAUCUACACAGUCUCAUAACCGAACAUGGAGUUAUAUUCCAAGCAGCCUACGGUUCUGGUAAAGAUAUUAACGUGUACCACAACUGUGGUUUGCCGCAGAAGCAAAUAUAUGCUAUUGGGAAGAUAAGCAAGAAAUAUAAUAACCUGGCGACAACCUUGAAUGAUGGUUACGCUUCUCAUUUGGCGGAUUUGAAGCAACCAGGGGCAGUGAGGCCCGCCAGGGGGAACGCCAGACUUCUCGUACCACGGCGUCUGCUUGCAUCAGUAAGUAAUUCUUCUUCCCGUGGACGUCGCUAA